AUGAUUAAAGCGCGGCAGAAAGCCACGGCAACAGAUCAAUCAAAUUUCAAUCAAAUUUUAUUUGUAUAGCCCAUAUUCACAAAUUACAAUUCAUCUCAGAUCCGGCCUCACAAUAAAAUCCCGUCUGUGGAAAUAGACUUAAUGGAGCUGUUAUCUUGCUCAGCUCUGAAAAACACAACAUAAAACUCCACGGACUGUUGUAUUUUAAUUCAAUAUAGUCCUUUGCACAAUUUUCAGCAUUAUACUAUAAUAGCUACAUUAUCUUGGUGUGGACUAUAUUUUGAAAGUGCGAACAGGAAAUUGAUUUGACAGCAUGGGGCAGCUGAGAUUACAUGCCAGCCAGCCCAGUACCGUUUAUGAUCAUCCCAGCAGCAGUCAACACGGAGCCCGGGCACGGCAGAGUGCACAGCCGCAGCGGUGUGUCUUUGAACAGUCCGGACCAGAGCUAGUCAACCUGAAGCUGCUUUGUUACGGACCAUACUCGUGCUCAGAACGGUCCGGUAUACAGAUGUUCGCAGCUGUGCAGGAUGAAUCCGCUAAUCCGGUGUAAUAGUCUGACGUCGGAGCAUCGUUGUAUCAAUGUACUGGAUCUAACGAGCUGCGGCCGGACAGUGGGCGACAUGACGGAGGAAGCGACUAUCCGCCAGCAGAGCUCGGAGAAUAACUCCGUGAGCAGCAGCGAGUGGGACAUGGCAAAUGAUGUGUUUUUGUCAAGCUACGAGGACAGUGCUGCUGCUGAGGACCAGGAUCCAGCGCAGCCCGUCUUGCAAAGACACCUGCCGCUGUUAUCCCAGGGUGGCAUGAUGCUGGACCUGCCCGGGGAGGAAUAUCCGGCCUCAUCUUAUCUGGAUAUGGACCCAAACUAUACUGAAAGUGAUGGGAACGUCGCAACCCAUAAGCGCAUACGGUCCAACAGCUCCAGGAACCGCGGUGACAUCGUCACGGAGCUGGGGCCAGAGGAGGUCCGCUGGUUUUACAAAGAGGACAAGCGGAUGUGGAAGCCAUUCGUGGGGCACGACUCUUUAAAAAUCGAGAUUGUUUAUCGGAGAUUCUGCGAGCAAAACCCAAACAAAGUCAAACGUCCCGUCGAUCCCACCGAGGCCGAGGGGAAGGAGACGAGCAUGUCCAACGAGAUCGAGUCGAAAAGCGGGGCCGGGGACGAUGGAGGUGUCCAGGCGGAGCCGCCGGUGAAUCGGGGCGGUGGGCAGCGGCGCUCGGCGUCAGAUGAGGUGAAGGAUCAGGACGACAUCAGUGUGGAGGCAGUGUGUGUCAGAGGGGGGCUCUAUGAAGUGGACAUCAGAGAGAAGGAAUGCUACCCCGUUUACUGGAACCAGCAAGACCGUAUUCCUGUGAUGAGGGGUCAGUGGUUCAUCGACGGAACGUGGCUUCCCCUGGAGGAGGAUGAGAGUGACCUUAUUGAGUUAGAGCACCUCACUUGUUAUCGGGGGCAACAGAUGAAGGACACCUAUGAGAUGGAGGCGGCGACCACCACCGUGGACAGCAAGGAUGGUGAGGACUCUGAAACAGCAAUCCACAGUCUGAAGCUGAGCAGGAGUCAUGUGGACUGGCACAGUGUGGACGAGGUUUACCUGUACAGCGACGCCACCACCUCCAAGAUCGCACGCACCGUCACUCAGAAACUGGGCUUCUCCAAAGCCUCAAGCAGUGGGACACGUCUCCAUCAGGGGUAUGUGGAGGAGGCAGCACCUGAAGACACCCCACCUGAAACCACACACAUUGUCUUUGUUGUGCAUGGCAUUGGCCAGAAGAUGGAUCAAGGGCGCAUCAUCAGGAAUACCAGCAUGAUGAGAGAUGCUGCCAGGAAGAUGGAGGAGAAGCACUUUUCUGAUCGAACCACAGAGCAUGUAGAGUUCCUUCCUGUGGAGUGGAGGUCAAAACUGGCUUUGGAUGGAGACACGGUGGACUCCAUCACUCCAGACAAAGUGAGAGGUCUAAGAGACAUGCUGAACAGCAGCGCCAUGGACAUCAUGUACUACACCAGCCCUCUGUACAGAGAUGAGAUUAACAGGGGUUUGACUCUGGAGCUGAAUCGGCUCUACUCACUCUUCUGCUCGCGCAAUCCAGACUUUGAGAAAAAUGGGAAAGUUUCCAUAGUGUCACAUUCGCUGGGCUGCGUUAUCACGUUUGACAUCAUGACAGGAUGGGACCCUGUGCGCUUUCAUCAUCAAGAAGCGCCAGACCCAGAUGAAACAAAAGCCCGCUGGCCAAGUGACGAAGAGCGCCACCUUCAGGAGCAGUUGAGACUCACACGCCUCAGGUUGAGGGACUUGGAGGAUCAGUUCCAAGGUCUACAGACCUCAUCUUGUGUUGCAGUGCCGGCCUUGAAAUUCAAGGUAGAAAAUUUCUUCUGCAUGGGUUCCCCUCUGGCGGUUUUCUUGGCAUUACGAGGGAUCCGGCCAGGAAACAAUACUGUACAGGACCACAUCCUCCCGACAUCUAUCUGCAAACGCCUCUUCAACAUAUUCCAUCCCACAGACCCUGUGGCCUACAGAUUGGAGCCUCUGAUCUUAAAACACUACAGUAACAUUAGCCCGCUUCAAAUCCACUGGUACAACACCACCAGUCCCACACCGUACAACCAGAUCAGGCCAAUGCUGCUCAACCCCCCAAAGGAGACUGCAUCUGUCUCAGACUCCGAGAGCAUCCCCAGCCCAUGCACCUCUCCGCCCCAGGCCAGAAGGCACUACGGAGAGUCUAUUACCAGCUUGGGCAAGGCCAGCAUCAUGGGUGCUGCAAGUCUUGGGAAAGGAAUUGGAGGAAUCCUCUUUUCCCACUUUUCCCGUACAAGCAGCCAGGUGGGUGGAGUGGAGGAGGAGCCGUCAGACUGCGACGGGGGAGCUUCUGAGGUGGAAAACAUUGCAUCGGGAGAGGAAGGAGCCACAGUGGUAGACAGUGAAGAGAAGGAGAAACACGUAGAGGAGGAAAGGAGAGAGGUGGAGCCGACCAUGUCUCAGUCCACCUCAGCUGUAAUGGACAGCACCUCGUUGGAAUUGGAGAAGCGCAUAGAUUUCGAGCUACGGGAGGGCAUGGUUGAGAGCCGCUAUUGGUCAGCAGUGACCUCACACACGGCCUAUUGGUGCUCUUAUGAUGUGGCUCUUUUCCUCCUUACCUUCAUGUACAGACCACAGGAACCACUUCAAUCUCCAGAAGAUAACCCAGAUGCCUCGUAACAUAGUAGCAGAGUGACGCAUGGAAUCAUUAACACUCUGGUCAAUUCACUUUCUAUAGAUGCCUCUUGAAGUCUGACUGACUUCAUUCCUCAUUUUACAAUUUUCUUUAUACAUUAAUUUGAUUUUAAAAUAAUGAUACACUAUUUAAUAUAAAAUGUGGAAUACUUGAAGACCAAUUCUUAUUUUAAAAGAUGUUUUCAUUUUAACAACAGGUAAAUCUCUUCUGUUUUCUAAUAUCAUGUUAUUAUGUUAACUUAAUAUGAAUGGCACUAAAGGGCUGUUGUACACUAGAGGAUAAUUGGGCCGAUUUGAGAGUGCGGAGCAACUGGUAGCAAUACUGCAGCAGCAGUGCGAGCAAGGUGGUGAUGGGAAAUGUCUUUCUGCUUAAAUAGACCACCUGAUAAGGUGGGUGUGCAUUAUAGAUGGUUGUGGGGAUUGAGGUAUGUCACAUGAUGUAUGUCACAUGAUGUAUGUCACAGGAUGAAGCAGCGCAGCUCAAGUUGGCUGCCUAAACUAGCUCGCAGGCGUCGCUCCAUUACUGUGCGCAAACCCGCAAUAGCCAAUGAGAGCGAGCUUACUGGGUAGCGAAACCAAGCGAAUAUUUAGUACUUAGCUGCAGAUAAAAACAAUACAUUUGCAACUGACCUCUGAACACACAACCUCAUAUUUGCUUUUCUUCUGAAGUCACGUAUAACCACACAAGUUUUCCACACUUAAAAUAAGAAGGUGGUGGUAAUGCUCCUAAAAGUUGUUUGCCUAUGGAAGUCUGUGGAAUCACCACUGUGAAAAUAUUUGUGUAUGGUCUUACAUUCUGGCCAAAUUGACUAGUGUUUGCUGUCUGACUUUAUUAUAAUAUUGAAAAUUGGUCAAAUCUAUUAUGUCUGUGGUCUCCAACGUUUUUUCAAAUUGGUUAAAGGUCAAGUGUGUAAGAUUUAGGUCAAGGGUCAAGUGUGUAAGAUUUAGGUCAAGGGGAUUUAAUGGCAAAAAUGUUAUAUAAAAUACUCCUAGUGAUGUUUUCACUGGUGUGUACUAAUAUAAAUUUCUUGAAUUGUCUAAAUUAAACACCUUUUGAGUUUUAAUGACAACAGAAGGCUACCACAGGUUCUCAUGUAUGUUUGGAAGGGGAGGUUGAGUUGAGGGGUAUUGAGCUGCAACAUACAACUUCACCGCUAGAUGUCACUACACACUGAAACUUUAAUAGUGGAAAAUCCUCUAGUGUCCACCAGGCAUAAAGAGGAUAUAAUUCUGAUAAAAAUGAUGGAGGCUAUGUGCUGCACAAGAUACAACAGUUAACUUUGACAGUAAUACAUAAUCAACAUGAAGUGAAAUAGAUAGAAAACUCAAAUCAAUCAUAAAUUUUAUUUGUAUAGCCCAUAUUCACUAAUCACAAUUUGUCUCAUAGGGCUUUAACAUUGUGUGACAUCCUCUGUCCUUAACCCUCAGCAAGAGUAAGGAAAAACUACUAAAAACCCUUUUAACAGGGUCAAAAUACGUAGAAACCUCAGAGAGAGCCACAUCUGAGGGAUCCCUAUCCCAGGACGGACAGAAGUGCAAUAGAUGUCAGCUGUAGGAAAACAUCAUCAAGAUUAAAUUUUUUAGCAGCAUUGAUGAGGGUAAACAUUUUGAAUGAUAACUUCAAUACUAUAUGUCAAGCAGUCCAGCUGCAAUCAUAGUCUAUGGUCAGCAGCCAGCAAGAUCAUGAUCCGCCAUCCAGAUCAGCUGCCACUAUAGUCCACAGUCAUUGUCCAUUUCCGCUUAUUAGGAUCCAUCAUCAGCUGCCGUCUCGUCGUGGUCCACCACCAUUAUAUGAUGCCAACCCGACUCAGGAUCCGCCAUUACGACUACGAUCAGCCCGCACGAUAUAGAAUCCGCCAUACUGGAUCCACCAUUGCGACCUCUGAUGCGCGAUCCACAAAUCGUAAUCCAUGGGGCGGCCACAGCGGGCCCGGAUCUGCGGGCGAUAAAGCAAAGGGACUCGGGGAAGGGGUCUAGUCAGUUAUAUGUACUGAUGAGAUGUGACAUACUUCGAUGUGAUAGGGAUGAAGAAGAGGAAGGAGAAGCUGGAAAGAGAAGCUCUGUGUGUCAUGUGUCAUAAAUUCCCUUUGCGUCUUAGCGUCAUCAGGGGUUUUUGCCUUGUAAUCAAUGAUACAAUGAUACAGGCCGGGUACACUGAGGCUCAAGGUAAAUCUCACAAACUGCAAUCCAUGGUGCGGCCACAGAGGCCCUGGAUCUGCGGGUGAUAAAGCAAAGGGAUUCCGGGGAAGGGGGAUAGGGAUGGAGAAGAGGAAGGAGAAGCUGGAAAGAAAAGCUCUGUGUGUCAUGUGUCAUAAAAUAGAACAAGUAACGUUCUGGCGCACUAAUUAGCUCUAACUAUAAGCUUUAUCAAAAAGGAAGGUUUUGAGCCUACUUUUAAACGAAAAGAUGGUGACUGCCUCCCGAACUGAAAGUGGUAGAUUAUUCCACA